CCGACAAAAUGUUUUUGAUUAUCUUCUACGAUACGAAAUUAGCUAUCAUUUAAAGCUAAUUUCUUGACAACAUUAAAUAAAGGUGAAUCUUUAAGUAGAGUUUCGUAGUUUUUAUUUAAUGAUAAAUCAGUCCGAUUCGUUACUUGUAUUUGUGUACCAACCCUACCUACUUCUGCUAACUCUGUUUCUACUCGCUUUGAGGGCUUAUGAGAAAGAGUUUCGUUUUGUUAGUAUGGACACUCGAUUGAAAAAACAGUAUUGGGCUUGUGGAUGCUUGUACUUAGGGCAAAUGGUAACAGGUUAUGGGUUAGGAUGGACAGCCCCUGUUUUGCCCAAACUGGGUGACAUCAACGAAACCCCAUUAGAUGACGUGAUCUCAGAGCAACAGGCUGCUUUAGUAGCAUCUAUAUUCUUUAUUGGAUCAACUAUAGGACCCUACGUCUCAGCUUACUUAUCCAACCUGAAAGGAAGGAAGCCAUGUUUGUUCGCGUCUGGAGUAAUUACAUUAGUAGGAUUCAUAAUGCUAGCUUUAUCUAAGUCAUUGGCUAUGAUAUAUUCUGCGAGAGUCGUCUCAGGAUUGGGUGGAAGCGUCAUGUUUAUCAUCAAUCUGGUUUAUAUAGGAGAAGUUGCAUCGACGAACAUCCGAGGAAUAUUACUGACACUUACUGGCUUCUUCAGUACGCUCGGCAUGUUAGUUAUCUACGUCGUGGGUCCUUUCGUGCAGUAUUCAGUUGUCAACUGGAUUGCUACGGCUCUGACGGUUGGCUACCUACUCGGAGUCUACUUUAUACCGGAGUCUCCUGUGUUUCAAGUUAUGACUGGUAAAAUUAAAGAAGCAAGCGAGAACCUCAUAUCUCUCGGUCGAGAAAAAGAAAUUGACACAGUGGUAGCUAUAGCCAACCAAGAAGGGACGAAAUCAGAGUUGGCACAAUUUACCGAAAUCUUUACCAUCAAAUCGAAUAGAAAAACCAUAUUUAUUCUUCUAGUAUUAAAUAUUUUACAACAACUGAGUGGAUUUUACGCAAUCAUAUUAUUUGUGACUGCAAUUUUUGAUAUGUCUGGGUCAAAUUUGGAGUCCCAUAUAUCGACAAUUAUAGUAGGAGUGGUUCAAAUGGUGGCUGCCUUGAUAACACCACUUUUUGUUGAGAAUAUUGGAAGGAAACCUCUUUUGACUUAUUCUACAGCUAUAAGCACUUUGUGUUUGGGUGUCCUUGGAACUUACUUCUACCUGUACGAUACUUCCCAUCCAGUAGCUGAUAAGUUACAAUGGCUGUCAUUAACGGCUUUAAUUAUUUACUUCUUAAGUUUUUCCGUCGGAUUAGCAAUCAUCCCCAACGCGUUUGCCGGUGAGAUGUUCACAUCCAACGUGAGGAGUAUGGGAACUUCAAUAUCAUUGACAGUCAGCUGGCUGGUUGGUUUCGGAGUUUCCACAGCCUUUGGCUACAUGAUACCAGCCUGGGGAGCCGCUGUUACCUUCUGGAUUUAUACUGGAGCAUGCGCUCUAGCUGUGCUGUUCAGCGUCGUAUAUGUACCAGAAACGAAAGGAAAAACUUUAUUGGAAAUUCAAGAAAUGUUGAGCAAAUGAUUGGUUUGUUUUAUUUAUUUUUCGCAAAAUAU